AAUUCAAUUUUGACAUGAAAUGUCGACACUUACUAAUUCACCCUGUAGGUCAAACUAAUAACAAUAUAUUACAUCGUAGACUUCGGCGCCGCCAACCGUCAAAAUCAACUGAUAUUCUGUACCCGACAUUGUUGCUGUACACAAGCCUGUUUUGAUUUUGAAUAACUUUCACAGAAUUUUUAGAGGUUCAAAUUGAAAAAUAAAAUGGCUCUUUCAAAACUUACUAUCAUCAAAUUUUUGGAAAUUGCUUUGACAUUGAUCAUCUUUGUGUUGCAUUACUACAGUUUUCCUAAUGGUGGUGAAAACGGAGAAAUUAUGAUCAUAACGGGAACGUAUGUUGGAUAUGUGAUCAUUUUGGCUGGUAUACUUAUUGGUAUAUUUACUGGAACACCAAUAAGUUCAAAAUUGGAUAUGCUGUUUGUUUUGAUUGGUGCGGCUUUAUACAUUCUUUCUGGAGUUUUGUCCUAUAAGUUCUUCAAUAACUACUGGAUAGGAAAUUCCUCUUCCUAUGUUAGCACAGGAAUGACCAAGGCUUGGUUGUCAGUUAUAAACGGCAUAGUCUUUAUUGUUGAUGCUGUAUUCACGUACCGUGAAAAAUAAUUUUUUUUUUUUACUUCAUAAACCUACCACAAGACAUAUUUUCGUCAUUAAUUAAAAAGCUUAAUAUUUAGCAGAACCCUUUCAUUUUAUUCCUAAAAAUAAUUUAAUUAUUAGGUUUUAGUUUUAAGUUCUCAAAAGGGUAUAUAAUAUUAUUAUUAUAUUUAAAAAGUACAACUUGUAGUUAAUAGUGGCUAUAAUGUUAUUUUGUUAUUAAUUUGACUUUCUAAAUCAAUAAAAAUUGAAAAGAAAAAUUGAUUUUAAUGUUAACAACUUUUUAAAUUGAUAAAUUACUUUUCGAUAAACAAGUUUGUAUAAUUAAUAAAAUAUCAUGCUUAUUUAUUGGAGUAGUUUAGUUUUAUAAAAUAUACUUAAUAAAAGUUAUAAAUAUUUUUUUUUAAAAAAGUAUAAUAAUAUCGAAAAAUGUACAAGAAAUAUAUUUUUAAAACUGUAUGAUAUAAAAUCAUUAAAAAAAAUUUAAGUCAUUCCAUUUUUAUUGAUAUGAUAUAAAAUAUUUUUCAUUGAAAAAAUUUACCACAACUAACUUUGCAACCAUUGUCAAAAUUAUUAGCAACAGUUAAUUAAUUAUUUAUUAUUUAACAAGUUAAUUAGAUUUUUUCAAAAUAUUUAUUUUUUAAACAUAUUGUGCAGUUAGUUUAUGCAAUAAUAUUAUUUUAUGUAAAAAUAUUUGCUUAUUUUGCCUGUGAAAUCAUUUUCUCAUUUAUUUUAUAUUUAUGCAAGACUGUAUUUCAUAUUUUUUAUAUUUUUAUGUACUAUUUGAUAAUAAAAAGCACUGAUUUGAUAA